UCUUGCCCCAUGUUUCUUAACAUGGCACCGGCGGACAGGAUCAAGUUCGCUAAGCGAAACAAUCAUUGCAUUAGAGAUUCCAUCUACGUCCAGGCAAGCGCAGCAGAGACGCAACUUCAACAAGUCGAGAGGCAAGCCAACGACUCAAGUACAGUCGUGCUUCGCUAACAGCGACAAAAGUGUCUUGUUAGGAACGGCACAAAUAAACAUAGAUUACAGCGGCGUUACUUAUACCGCUAGAGCACUCAUCGACUCCGGGUUAGAGUGCUUUUUCAUCACAAAAAUUCUGAAUCGCAGAAUCAACUUGCCAGUUAAGAAGAUAAAUGCCCAGGUGACAGGUAUCAACAACACCGUAUCUGCGCAAGUAAAGGAAGCAUGUUGUGUCGAGUUGCGGUCACCAAUUGACCCACUUAUAUCGAUCACAACGAACAGGAUGGUUCUGCCGAAAUUAACGAGAAACUUGCCGACUUGCCAUAUUAGCGCACUAACUCGGCAGGCUUUCCCAGAUCUCACGUUGGCGGACAAGAGGUUCUUCGUCAAUGAACCCGUGGACGUCAUACUCGGUGGUGACGUCUAUCCCCAGAUUAUGCUGGAUGGCAUACGCAAAAACGUACUGGGAUCACUUCUUACGCAAGAGACAGUGUUCGGUUGGAUAGUCACGAGGCGUGCUAAUUCAAUUAAGCCAACCAACACUUGCGUCUCGUAUUAUAACGAAAUAUCGCUGGAAAAGCAGUUAGCUUCGUUCUGGGAGUUGGAAGAGAUGUCCAAGGAAAGGAAAUUAAGCGAGGAGGACAGGUAUUGUGAAGAGCUCUAUAAAAAGAUAACGAUGCGAAAUGAAGACGGGAAGUACGUUGUAUCGCUACCAUUCAGGAAAGACUAUCCGGUCAACAUUAGUCUAGGUCGUUUCUUACAGAUUUCGUACUUCCAGUUUUAUCGCAAUGAAGCUCGGUUGUCAAGAGAUGAAAACCUGCAAAAAGAAUACAACAGGGUGUUAAAUGAAUAUGUUGAGCUGGGUCAUAUGGCAAAGAUACAUACCAAUCGAACGGCCGACUCUAGUGACAACUAUUACCUGCCUCACCACGCCGUAAAGAAGGAAGAGAGCACAUCGACAAAGGUGCGUGUGGUGUUCAAUGCAUCGCAAGCAACUUUAAACGGCACUUCGCUGAAUGACAUCCUUCUCCCCGGUCCAGUUCUUCAGGCAGAUCUGACCAUCUUAAUUCUGCGAUGGCGAUUAUUUAAAUAUGUCUUCAAUAGCGAUAUUGAGAAGAUGUAUUGUAUCGCCAAAUCCUGUUGAAGGCUGAUCAAACGAGGUACCAGCGAAUCGUUUUCCGCAACCGUCCGACCGAGCAAACCAAUAUUUUUGAAUUGAAGACGGUAACGUUCGGAAUCAACUGCGCUCCUUAUUUGGCAAUAAGGACGUUACUUCAAUUAGCUGACGACGUUGAAAGCUCACUACCAGUAGCCUCAAACAUACUCAGGAAGUGCAUGUAUGUUGAUGAUGUCUUAGUAGGUGGACACUCUAUAGAUGCUGCAAUUAAAGCUAGAAAUGAGAUAAAAACAGCAUUGGAGUCGGCAGGUUUCCCAUUAAGAAAAUGGACAGCCAAUUGUGGAAAAAUUUUACAAGGCCUUCCAAAUGACCACUUGCUCAACAAGGAGUAUUUAGACUUUGAAGACACAAGUGAUGUCAAGGCUCUUGGGAUAAGAUGGAAUGCGCAUACUGACUUCUCCUACUUUAAAACAAAACCAAUACUCAGCCCAGAAUCCUAUACAAAGAGAGCUAUCCUCUCAGAUAUCGCCAAACUGUUUGACCCACUAGGAUGGGUAGCACCGAUAAUAGUAAUAGCCAAAAUAAUAAUGCAACACAUUUGGUUAGAAGAAACACAAUGGGACGAGAUUGUAUCUCCUACCACAUUGGAUCGUUGGCACACAUUCAUGGAUAACCACAGAUACAUAAACAACAUUAAAAUUCCACGAUGGGUCUACUUCUCGCCAACGGACGAUGUGUCCAUUCAUGGUUUCUUCGAUGCAUCAGAGAAAGCAUACGCAGCAACGGUCUACCUGCGCGUAAGGACAAGCAACGAAGUUUUCGUCAGCAUACUAUUGGCAAAAACCAGAGUAGCGUCUGGAACUGUGCGGCGCCGUAUUACUGGCCGAAACAGUUGAAUCUGUCGUCAAUAACCUGGAGCUGACUCAUCUUAAACUUAAACUAUGGACGGAUUCGACCAUCGUUCUCGCAUGGAUUCGCAAGCCACCAUGUUCAUGGUCAACGUUUGUAUCCCAUCGAGUGACAAAAAUCAUAGAAAAGGUCGGCAACGCAAAUUGGAAUCAUGUCGAUCCAGGAUCUAACCCUGCAGACUUAGCCAGUCGGGGACUUAUGGGACAGGAUUUAGUGGAAAACACCUUGUGGUGGCAGGGACCUUCUUGGCUGCAAGAAGAUCAAUCCAAAUAACCAUUACAACAAAACGACUACGAGACGACAAUAGAGGAAAAACAGAUGCCAGAAAAGGCCGAGGUGCAGACGCAGAGUAAAUUAUUGCGCGCAUGCCGCGUUAUAGCGGCAAAGACGAACCUUUCAAUUAGCCGGUUCGGUUUCACGGUUUCACCGGUGACUUGGAGGAUGAGCAUUACGAGGAGCUCCCGUCGAAAUUGCCCAUGUCAUCGGAAGAGCACGUGUGCUUCGGGGAAGACAAACAUUCACCAAUGAAAAUAGAUAUUAGUUUUAAGUUGAACAUAUUAGUUUUGAGUUGUAAAUAUUAGUUCUAAGUUGUACUAUUCGUUUUAAGUUGAAUUCUCUAAAUUUACUUUUACAAAUAUGCUUUUUUAACUAACUUAUAACUUUUAUACUGAAUUAAAUUUAAUUUUAUGUUUAAGUAAAUAUGAUUUUGUUAUUAAAUAAAGCGAAAUAAUAAAAUAAAAACUGAGUUUUAUUUAAAAGAAUUGAAUUUGCUAGAAGUAACAAAUGGGUGAUAGAUAAUCUUGUUAUUGCUUGCUCCUGCUAACAUGUUUAUAUGUUAUAGGUAACAAACUGAUAACCAAAAUAAUAACACUAACAGAUAUGCGGGUAACAAAUACUUUUUGUUGUCCAUAACACAUAGGUAAGCUAUGCGCUAACAAAAUAAUUUGUUACCCGUAACAUACUGUGAAGAGAUUUGCUAACAAAUGUGUGUAUUCUGUUAGAACAAGGCAGCAUGCGAUAUUUGCCAUUGGUUAGAGCGUGAUAACUAUUGAACAUCAAAUAGCUAUGUGUUAC